CUCAUCAAUUUGUGUGGCAAAGAAUGAGAUAGGCCUUCCCCAAAAAUCCCCCUUCCCCUUCCAUCCCCCCCCCAACACACACACACACACAACCUCUCACACCCUCCCAGAAGAACAAACACCACUGCCAGCAGCAGCAGCAGCAGCAAUGGCCAACAUGAUCAUGGCCUCCUCCAAAACUCUAGUCCCACCUACUCCUUCCCUCUCCACCGCCAAACCCAAACUCCCCAUUUCCCAAAUCCCAGCGCUCCCCAAAAUCACACUCCCCACCCUCUCGUCCUCCACCCUCAUCAAAUCCCUGUCCCUCGUCGCCGCCACCUCUCUCGCCGUCGCCCCUCCCUCCUUCGCCGAAGAGAUAGAAAAGGCCGCACUCUUCGAAUUCAACCUCACCCUCCCCCUCAUCAUGGCCGAGUUCUUGUUCCUCCAGUUCGCCCUCGACAAGCUCUACUUCACCCCCCUCGGCAAUUUCAUGGACGAACGAGACGCCGCCAUUAGGGAGAGGCUGAGCAGCGUGAAGGACACAUCCGGCGAGGUGAAGCAGCUGGAGGAGCAGGCCGCCGCCGUCCUCAAGGCCGCCAGGGCCGAGAUUUCCAGUGCGCUUAACAAGAUGAAGAAGGAGACCCAGGCGGAGCUGGAGCAGAAGCUGGCGGAGGGCAGGAAGAAGGUAGAGGUGGAGUUGGAGGAGGCCUUGGCCAGUUUGGAGGUGCAAAAGGAGGAGACCAUUAAGGCCCUCGAUUCCCAGAUUGUUGCUCUCAGUCAGGAUAUUGUCAAGAAGGUCCUUCCUAUUUCCUAAUAAGUCUCCUCUUUUUACACCAUUUGUUUUGGGUAUUUUGCGCAUAUAAUUGGAAGCCAGCAAGAAUAGGGAGGGUUGGCUCUUUUCUUUCUAUGGCCAUUACUUGUUUUUGAUUGUACUCUUAUUUGUAAUCAAAGUCUUGUUAGUUAUUGUAUAAAAAAACUUGGGUUUAAUCAA